AUGGCUCCAGAUCAGACCAAGGUAUUCAGCUUCCAGGCUAUAGACCGCACGGAUGGCCUGCCGCAGCCGCUGUCGACACCGUCGCCAGCCGACGAGCCAGACGGCUUAUCGAAGCCUUGUUCCCCUCCAGACCCAACCCUGACCGCUCUUUCUCGGCUCGGUGUAUUCCAACUGAGCUGCAAAGGUGCGUUUGUGGCGUCAUUCGAAAACGGGCAGACGCAUAUCAUCGCGGAAGCAGGGUUAUCGGUUCUCAGGGACAACGAGGUGUCGGUUCUGGGACUCACGACACUAGGUCUACGCUUUGACAAGGAGGAAAUAUCUCAUUCCCAUCAUCCGUCCAAGGACGCAUACAACAUUAUCCAGGACAUUUCCGUGCUGACCGACACCGAAUCACACGCUUUCAUCCAACAGCACCCCCGUGCCAGGUUUUAUGCGGAGGUUCCGGUAUGCAGCUCAUCCGGAGAAGUCAUUGGUACAUAUGGUGCUGUAGAUAUUCAGGCCCGGCCGUCUUUUGGCGAGUCGGAAUUGGCGGGUCUUCGCGAGAUCUCCGAUUCGGUAGCAAACCACCUGGAAAACGUCCGGACUGCGCGUCGCCACCUCCAGGCCGACCGUUUGCUUACGGGGCUUACGGCAUUUUCUCAAGGCCAGGCUAGCGCACAAAACGUCAAUUGGAGCAGCCGGCGGAAGAGCAUCGCAUCAAACAGGAUUUCUCCUCGAUCGCUGGAUGUGCCAGACAUUGCUCGUCUGUCCGUCUCGUCCACGGCUACCCGUCAAAUCUCGCCGUCUUCGGGUAGACAGCGGGACAAUGCUCAGGAGUCGUCCUUCUUUCAGCGUCGACCCUCAAGUACCCCCAAGGCAGCCUCGCCUUGGGAACAGUCGCAGACUCCUAGAAAAAGGUCGGACGACACGAACAAGCUGGUGAUUGUCCCGGAAUAUACCGCCACCUCGGAGAAAACCUCACAGCUGUUCACUCGGGCCAGUGCUCUGCUACAAGAAAGCAUGGAGUUGGAUGGGGUCAUCUUUGUAGAUGCAUCCCGGACUAACUCCCGCAGUAGCUCCACUGCUAGCGUAGGUGACUGGGACAUGCUUUCCAGGGACAGUGACUUGGGGAUGUCCAGUCGCUCGCCAAGUCUCUCCUCUCAUGGACAAUGGGCCGAACGGUCAUGCGAGACUCUGGGCCUUGCCACAUCCGACCGGGUGAACGAGAGCACCGCCAGCUCGCUUCGACCAGCAUUGACCGAGGGCUUGUUCCAUGAUCUUUUCAACGCUUGCCCUUACGGGGAGAUUUUCAACCCUCCACAGUCAACCACCCUUUCACCACCGAAUCUGCUCAAUCGACGCAACAGUCAAUCCCGGAAGGAGAGCGACGUGACGUUGCGUCAGUCGGUCGAGACUCGGCUGGCACAAACAUAUCCCGAAGCGCGGUCCUUCAUCUUUCUGCCUUUAUGGAACUGGAACAAAUCGCGCUGGCUCGCUGGGACCCUGAUAUGGACCUGUGACGGUGAGCGAUUGUUCGACCAGGACGAUCUGCACUUCUUGAAAGUAUUUGGUGACUCUGUGAUCUGCAAGUAUUGUCAGCUUGACUGGACGGCGACCGAGAAAUCCAAGUCGGAUCUGCUCUCCUCGGUCAGCCAUGAAUUGCGGUCGCCAUUGCACGGCAUGCUUACAAGCACGGAGCUUCUGCAGUCGACGGGGCUCGAGUCCGCUCAGCAGGACAUGGUUACCAUGAUUGAGACUUGCGGUUUGACAUUGUUGGAUACUGUGAACCAUCUGCUUGACUUCACCAAGAUCAACAACCUGACCCUUGCGCACAAGAAGGGAGCCAAUGGAAGUGCACUCGACAACUUGAAGACCGAUUUCGAUCUGGACAUACUCAUCGAGGACGUGGCUGACUCUUUGUAUGUCGGCCAUCGCUCUCUCAUCAAUGCUUCCAAGAUUGCGGGACGGUAUUUGCAGACUGGCACGUCUAUGACGAGUGGAGCUACCAAGACUAACAACCCCGAUGACCUGUCGGUCAUUAUUCAGAUCGAGGAUCUCGGCUCGUGGAACAUCCAGUCGUUAUCAGGUGGCUGGCGCCGGAUUGUCAUGAACAUUUUGGGCAAUGCUUUCAAGUUCACUCGGUCGGGAUACAUCGAGAUCUCCUUGGCGAAGAAGGUGCAUCGAGCUGCAGGAUCCAAGAAGGUCUUCGCGCACUUUUCUGUGAAGGAUACUGGAAGCGGAAUCUCGCCUGAAUUUCUGGAGCAUCAGCUGUUCACCCCGUUUGCACAGGAGAAUAUUUUGACCGAAGGGGUGGGAUUGGGCUUGAGCGUGGUGAAUCAGGUGGUGACCUAUCUGGGGGGAGAGGUGGAAGUCAAAAGCACUGUCGGCGUCGGAACGCAGUUCGACGUUUAUGUGCCUCUGGACUUUGUGGCGGAGACUUUCGCGCCGUCUGAGCCCUUUCCGAGCUCGAUUACGCGGGUUUCGUUGGUCGGAUUGAAUGCCUAUGCAGACUUGAGACAAGCCCCGGACGGACUUCUGCGGCCGGAGGCGAAGCGCAAAUUGGCUCUUCGGAGCGCGUUGAGCAAUGUGCUGUUGAGUCAACCGGGAUGGAUGCUGUCAUUUGCCGACUCGGUCGACAAAGCAUCCGGCGACAUUGGUGUCAUCGAGGAGUCCGCGCUGAAGGCGCUUCAUGAGAAAGGCGGGACUCGACUGAAGUUCAACACGGUCAUUGUUAUAGGGGAACAGGGUGUUUCCAUUCCGCCAGACCUCACUCUCGAGGGUUCCGAUGUGAUCUACAUCCCGCAGCCUAUCGGUCCGCGGAAGAUCGUCCAGGCCUUGCAACGAGUCAACGAAGCUCGCCUGCAAGCCCCUUUGGCGGAGCAGGAUUAUAUCAUUGGCCCGUUCUCCGGUGCUCAGCGCGGACGCAGCCUGUCGGAUGCGUUCGCUCUGGCCAAGGGAUCGGAGUCGCCUCCGGUGGUGCGGGAGAAUGUGUCCGAGUUCGCGCCGGACAUGUCACGGAAAUCGAGACAAAAUGACCCUCACGUGCUGAUCGUCGACGACAAUGAUAUCAAUGUCAAGGUCUUGACCACCUUCAUGCGCAAAAUUGGCUGCAGCUAUGAGACUGCCACGGAUGGCCUUAUCGCCUUGGAAAAAUUCAAAGCGUCGACGAAACACUUCGACUACAUCCUUAUGGACAUCUCCAUGCCCGUGAUGGACGGUAUCGAAUCCUCCAGCAAGAUGCGGGAAUUCGAGGAGGAGAACUCGCGCCCGCGCACGGCCAUUAUGGCGGUCACCGGGGUGGCGUCGAGCGAGAUGCAGCAGCAGGCCUUUGCGGCGGGGAUCGACGACUAUCUGGUCAAACCCCUGUCGCUUCACGACUUGAAACGAAUAAUGAACAUUGCAUGA